CUUCAUAAAAAACUAUCAGAAGCCGGAGACUGGGCCGGUAUUUCAGUCGCCGCAGCAAAAUAUUGGUAUUCAUUACCUCAAUCUACAAAGUUAUCCUGGCAAAAGCUGGCAGAACUAAGCAAGUACCAAAGUAUUGAUUAUUUGGCUCAAAAAUUAGAGCAACGCCACCGCAGGAGAGCUUAA